CACCGCUCAUGUGGAUGACGUACGCGGCUGUGAUUGGUUCCCACCGACGCACCGGGCCUGUAGUUUGAAAGCCGUCCGGGCCCUGGCGACAUGAACAAAGUUACAAUAUCUUCUUCCACAAAUAAAUACAAAUGAUUUUUUGUGCCAUCUUGCAACCUGUGACGAGAGGUGGAGCAGCACUGGUGACACCGCGUCUUGAGUUGCGUUGAACUCCACGCAAGGAAAGAAAAAAAAAAAAAAAAAGGGAAGCUAGCAGGCUAACGAGCUAGCAUGCUAACGAGCUAGCAUGCUAGCCGACUCGCGUGCUUACUCCACUUCCUUGUUGCACGCUGGAGUGUGAUGGGAGGCGAGGAGAAGUUUGAGUCGGAGUUUGUUUUCUUCUUCUUCCACUUCAACACCGUCUGGUCGAUGGGUCCACGUACUCGCAGGGAGCUGCACCAUUGCGGGGAGAUGUCGACCGGAGAGCCGCUGCGGGCUUUGAGCGCCACCGUCUAGCCGCGGACGCUGUUAGCUUCAGGAGGCUAGCUGGCUAACUAGCAUUAGCAUUAUUCUGAUAUUUCCGUCCUGGAGCACAAUGGUUGAGUGCCACCUGGCUCUGUAGCUGAGCAUAUUAUUGUGUGUACUGCUCUGUGUUAUAACUCGCUUUUUAAUUGCACAUGCUACGAGCUAGCUUCGCAAUGCUAACGUUGUGAUUUAGCUAGCUAGCUGGCUAGCCUGCUGUCUUGAUUGUGUAUGUUUGGCUCCACGACACGACAAGGAGCAUAGUUAAAGUGAGGUGUGUAUAUAUAUAUAUAUAUACAUACAUACAUAUAUAUUGAUCUCUGGGGGUUGUUUGGUGGAUAGAUGCCUAAUUCAGAGGUGCUUAGAGAGGCUCGGGGAAGGAGCCCCUCCAAUCAGAGGAAUGCUAACAGGCAGGACAGGAGGAGUAAACCGGGGAGCGGUGCUGCUCAGCGGGACAGGCACCGGGAGAAGAGGCGGCCGUCUGCUUCACGGAGGAAGAAACGCAGACAGACUAAGGGGAAAGACUUGUUGAGUGCUGGUGCAACAGGAGACCCUCAUGUGGACCGAAAGGGCACUUUGGUUAAAGACACAGAGCUGAGGACACUAGUAGAGUAUGAUGAUGUGAGCUCCCAGUCAGAGAGAUUCUCUGGCAGCCCCUCUCCUAAACUUGACCCCCAUGCUGACAGGCUCUCAGUGGACAGACUCAGUGAUACUGACUGUAAUGGACCAGCUUCCCCACACAGGAGACACCCGAGGGACAAGGCGGCAGUGUGUGUCAAAGAGGGACAAACACGAGGACCAUCCGAGAGGAGCAAGCCAGAGAAGGAGCAAAGCAGGAAAAAGGACCGCCAGAGCCGGGAGAGAGACUCCUCCAAAGUUAGGAGUGGAGGUAGCCUCGGUGGCUCUAAAAACCUCAGAGACACUACAAGGAGCAGUGACAGAAAUGGCAAAAAGACGUCUUCAUCUCAGGCCUCCCAAUCUGCAGAUAAAAAGGAUUCAAAGAGGCAGAAAAGUAAAACAAGAUCUGACAAAGAGACCCCAUCUGCAUACAGAGAUGCUCCACAGUCUUACAGAGAAGACCGGGAAGACCUCAGGGCAUACAAGAGAAGUCCUGGUUUCAAAUCAGAAAGUCCCUAUGGGACGUCUUAUUCAUAUAGCUACCAGUCUCCUGGUGGUUAUAACCAGCAAAUAUCUAGAAGGAGUCCAACUUACGGGAGCAAAAGACUCUCUCCCAGUUCUGCAUAUUACAGCCGGGACGUAGAUGGGUACGGGGCAUAUGGUAUGCCAAAGUCACCCAGUUCAUACUCCAGCAACAAAAGAAAGAGAUCUCCAGCGAGCCCAGCAAACUGGCGCAGGUCCCCAAGUUAUGGCCGACACAGUCCGUUCGAACAAGGAGAGUUCGGUGCAAGUCCGUAUGGGAACCGGAGGAGAUCACGAAGUCCGUACAGAAAGUCCCUGAGCCCAAGUCCAGAUGUCAGGCGUUCUGCUAGAUCACGUAGCAGAAGUCCAUAUUCAUCCACGAGGCAUUCUCGCUCUCGUAGCCGUCACCGCCACUCUCGCUCCCGCAGUCACCCGUCUAGCCUCUCCCCGAGCACGCUCACCUUCAAAACCAGUCUCGCUGCUGAACUCAGUAAGCAGAAAAAGGUCAAAGCGGCAGAAGCAGCGGCCAAGGCCAAGAACUCCAGCAACACAUCUACUCCAACCAAGGGUUCCUCAUCUGCUCCUCAACCCAGCCCCAAGUCCAAUCACACGUCCAGAAAGGGUCGCCCUCCGUCUCCACCGCAACCAGAGAAAGGUCCCAGAACUCCCACAUCGAUCCAGCCCCAGUCCCCCGCUGACAAGUCGGCCAAGAGGACCGCCGAGCACCAGACCAGCAGGGACAGAGAUGGAAAGGGGAAAGAUGACUCGGUACAUCGGGACAAAAGGAAAGCACCAGCAGCCGGACAGAGCAAAGACAAGGAAAGAGCCACCGUUCCGCUCAUCUCCACUCUACCAUCCCUUCCAUUGCCCCUAGCGGUUCUUGAGCACAUGAACAAAGGAGAAAGCUUGAAGGACAGCUUGCUCUCAGGGAAGAAAAAGUCAGAGAGAAAGGCCCGUCAGCUUCUCUCCGACUUGCCCCUUCCCCCUGAACUUCCUGGUGGAACGUCUUCCCCACGCAGCCCACCCGACGACAAAAAAUACCAAACUCUUCGCCGGAGACCUAAAAUCUGUGGCCCAAGAUACGGCGAGAUUAAGGAAACUGAGAUAGAUUGGGGCAAACGCUGUGUGGAUAAAUUUGAGAUAAUUGGAAUCACAGGGGAAGGCACCUACGGCCAGGUGUACAAAGCUAAAGACAAAGACACUGCUGAAAUGGUGGCUUUGAAGAAAGUUCGUCUGGACAACGAAAAGGAGGGCUUCCCAAUCACAGCCAUCAGAGAGAUCAAGAUUUUGCGACAACUCAACCACAAGAGCAUCAUAAACAUGAAGGAGAUCGUCACAGACAAAGAGGAUGCUCUAGAUUUCAAGAAUGAUAAAGGUGCUUUCUAUCUUGUAUUCGAAUACAUGGACCACGACCUAAUGGGUUUGCUGGAGUCGGGCCUGGUCCAUUUCAACGAGAGCCACAUCAAGUCGUUCAUGCGACAGUUGCUGGAGGGCCUUGAUUACUGCCACAAGAAGAACUUUCUGCACAGAGACAUCAAGUGCUCCAAUAUUCUGCUCAAUAACAAAGGUCAAAUAAAGCUUGCAGACUUUGGUCUUGCUCGGCUGUAUAACUCUGAAGAGAGUCGUCCAUACACCAACAAAGUCAUUACACUAUGGUACCGUCCCCCAGAGCUACUUCUGGGAGAAGAGAGGUACACGCCGGCUAUUGAUGUGUGGAGCUGCGGAUGCAUUCUUGGGGAACUGUUCACAAAGAAACCAAUUUUUCAAGCAAACCAGGAGCUUGCCCAGUUAGAGCUUAUCAGCCGAAUAUGUGGCAGCCCCUGUCCUGCUGUCUGGCCAGACGUCAUCAAACUUCCCUUCUUCAACACUAUGAAACCAAAGAAACAGUACAGGAGACGGUUACGAGAGGAGUUUGCUUUCAUCCCUCCAUCUGCCCUGGACCUGUUUGACCACAUGCUAAACUUGGACCCCAGCAAACGCUGUACAGCUGAACAAGCGCUGGGCAGCGAGUUCCUCAAGGACGUGGACCCAGACAAGAUGCCCCCGCCAGAUCUUCCACUGUGGCAGGACUGUCACGAGCUGUGGAGCAAGAAGCGCCGGCGACAGAAGCAGAUGCCGGAGGAAGCGGCGGCCCCUAAGGCGCCACGUAAAGAGCUGGGCCUUGACGACAGCCGCAGUAACACCCCGCAGGGCUUCCCUGCUCCCGGAGGCGUUAAAGCUCCGAACACGGCUGCUUCAGCGCUGCUGGACACAAAGGGUCCAAACUCCCAGUUAACCCAGGAGCAGCUAGCGGUCCUCCUGAACUUCCUCGGGCAGACCAAGGGUUCAGCCAACACGGCCCAGUUUGUCCAGUCCAUGGGCACAAAGGUCAACCAGGAAACGUUACAGCAGCUCUCCAAAGCCCUGGCGCCCACCGACCCAGCCGAGCCUCCUCCUCAACCCGCACCGGCGAACCUCCCCGCCCUCUGCCCCCCCGCAGGCGUGCCCCGUACGCCCCCGAUGCCCAAGCCUCCUUCGCCCCCCAUGUCUGCACCGCCGGGUAUUCCAGAAGGAGAGGCCGCAGCUGCCACGCAGACGGCCAUGACGAUGCUGAUCGCUCAGCUCCUGCAGGCUCAGCAGGCUCCGAGGCAGGAGCCGAGCGACGGUGGAGAAGGGGCGGAGAGCGUCAACCCUGCAGGAGCAGCAGCACCAGGAGGUCAGCCUCUACCUCCAGAGGUCAAACAGCCUCCAGAGCCCAGCCCCGUCUCUCCAGUGUCUGAAGUAGGUGGCGUGUCCAUCCUGCCCCCAGACCAGAGACCACCUGAGCCUCCAGAGCCACCGCCACACGCCGACCUGGACUACCGGCAGCCUCCACCUGAACCCAAGACUGGCCACGCUCCACCUAUUGCGUCUGCGGGCGGAGGUGACGGAGGGAGACCCCCAGAGCCAGACUACCCACCCCUCCCCACCGCAGAGGGGCCCGGAUACGGCGGAGACUACCCAUCCCCCCCGCCGCCCUUCACUCCUGCGGGGUUCGUGGACGGUUACAUGGGUCACAUGUUAGGUGGCGGCCUGCCUCCUCACGCUCUGAGGGAAGUGUUCAGCGGACCUGGCCCGGCUGCUAGCUCCUCAUCCGCCGCGGCCCACCCGGACCCCUUCCCCCCAGGCUCUGGAGCCACGGGACCCAGCAGCAUGGUGUUCACCGGAGACCAGGACCACCGUUUUAAAUACAAUCACAGUCCGUUACCUGUAGAGGGACCACCUAACCCCAGCGCUAUCCACCUGUACAACCACGCCUUGGCUAGAAAGGAUGGUGGGCCUCCUCCACCCAUCCCAGCACCGGGACAACCCUGGGGCUCCCCUUCCCAAGUGGGGGCUCCGCCACUACCCCUCGGCUUCGUCCCACACGUGAACUCGACAGCAACAAUCAGGGGACGAGGCCUGCCUUUCUGAAAGACUGGGAAUAGGAAACGGCAGUUUGUGACUAUGGACAAAAGGUUCGAGGACUCAGGUUUGAGCCCGAAGCCUCUCAGGCCAGGCCAGACCAGAGGGAUCGGGAGAUGCACACUCGGUUUGUAAUAACUUAAAUUUGUGUAAAGCAUUGUAUUCCUCCUCAGUCUGGAAUGUGGAGUACGUUGCAGAAGGACAGCCGAAUAACACCGCAGGAGCUUUUCUUGCUCAUACCAUUUUCCUAUUUUUUUGUAAUCUAUUCUGCUGUCUUUUAAAUUAAACUUUUACCUUUUUUGUGUGUACAUUUAUCAGGCCGGGUACAUUUUAAAUCUCUACCUUGGCCUUUCUGUAAUUGCUCCAGGGCAAACUAGUAUUAAUGUUUUGCACUACUGACUGAAGUAGGCGGAAACUAUUUUAGCUAUGAAAGGAAAUUGAUGGCGUGCUUUAUCUGCACAAUUAGGAAUACGACCAGUAAUGUAGUGUCCUCUUUUUAUUAUGGCCAUUAUUCUGUUGAGGCGACGAUGGCUCAGAUUGGGUUGAUGGCGUACGUACCAGCACAGGGAGAUAUUGGAGGAAUAAGGACUGUUCGUUCCAGACAGACUGGUAGCACUUGGACGGCUGCAGCGAAUCGGAUCUAUCUUCAUGGAGAAAGGCUGUUCUCAUUUUUAAAUCCCACAUGCCUUUUAUUUUUUUUCCCCCAAUAGGUGUUGUAAAAUCAUGAACAAAACAAAAACACACACACACACACACACACACAACCCAAGUUCAAAAACAAUGUCUGGUUUUUGUUUUUUUUGUACUGAAAUGAUUUUGUCCCUCUCCUUCCUCCUUUGGCAAAUGUUUAUUAAAGAAA